AUGUAUGUAGCCGCUAACCCGGCAAAGGCACGGUCCGACGCCGACAAGGAGGAAAUGGCGGCCAAGUACAAACCCGGAGAUCAGGUCCUGCCCAAGGUAAAGGUUAGGGAACGAACUGCGGAGGAGCGGAGGGCUGAAGACGAGGAUCGUCGUUUAAUAGACGAAGUUCGAGAAAUGAGUUUGCGCGAAGCCACACCAGGGCAAACCCGGGCAGAAAGACCCCGAAGGCACCGACAAAGUCACUCAGUCGACGGAAGGUCAAGAUCGAGCAGGAAUCACAGAUCAACUUCCCGCCACCGGCCAGCUGGAGAUGUUUCAGGGCAUUCUCGAAGCGACGAAUCCAGUCGUCAGGGUUCUGACCAUAGCACAAGUGAUAGAGAGCGACGACGAAGGAGACGGCAAAGUGAUAGCCACCAGCGCCAGGUUGAACAUCAAUCGUCGUUGCGAUCUCUGAUUAGCACGUCAGAGAUGAGUGAAAGAGAUAUUGAAAGGGAAAUCGAAGACUUCGCAAGGCAAAUUCAAGAAGAGGGCCUGUUGGAUGGACUAGAUUUGGAUAAUAUUGACUUGACUCGCGAUGAUGAGUUGAGUCGACGAAUCACCGAGGCGUAUAGACGUCGGCAAAGGGAACGAACUCGAAACGAGUCCUCCAGACGAGCCACCUCGAGCAAUAGCAAUGUUGCCUCUAGAAGUACGGAGGCAAUUCAAACGGACGCAAGACUUACAGCACCAGAAACCGGAUCAAGAUCUCGCGCCAGCUCAAGGUCAACCACUGGAAGCGGUCAGCCCGAAGACAGAAGCAGACCACCUACGAGUGGGCCAACGAAUCUCGAAGUAAGGGACUCUGCGAGUCGACCGCGACGGAGGACUGCAAGCGGGGGCCGCAGUGCCACAACACCAAUCUUCUCAUCCGCGGCAGAAACUCGUCCAGCAGCUCGGUCUUCGACGGACCUAGGACUACGGUCACAGACGUCAGAUCCCACCGCCCCUCGACAAAGCUUCAGCGAGGCUCGCAGUUCCAGCACCCCGUCAGUUCCAGCUUCCUCUCAGGCACCCGUUGAACUACCGGCAUCAGCAUCCGGCAACAAUGCUUCAUUCGCCAGUCGAGUGCCCCAAUGGAAUCCUGCCACGGUAGAUGCUGCGCCUGCAACAACAAAUGAGACGACUACAACGCAGACCAGUAGGCAUCAUCUACCAGCAGAGCUUGCCAUUGUUCACUCUGCGGUGUCUAGUCCUGUGGCUAGCCCAACUUCCACCUCCGGGCAUCGACGAACACAGUCGCAGUGGUUCCCCGAGCCUUCCAUAUCAUGCUCACAUUGCAGCAAGCAACAUAUAGAGUAUGAUGUGCACUACAAUUGUGGUAUAUGUGCGGGAGGUCAGUGGAAUAUAUGCCUGAACUGCUAUCGAUCUGGCCAAGGAUGUAAAUUUUGGUUCGGCUUUGGUUACGGGGCCUGGACCAAGUGGGAGAAGGUGCGACAACAAGGAGACGGAUCGUUAGCUCGGCCGCAUAUGCUUACGGCCAGCCGAUAUCUACCACCCCCGUCAACACCUGGCGGUGCUGAUGGCAGGAAAACGCUAACCGCAGAUGACCCGAGAGGAAGACUGCAAACGGGAACAUUCUGUGCCCGGUGUCUGGCGUGGACAAACGACUGCUUCUGGCGGUGCGACGUGUGCAAUGAAGGGGACUGGGGAUUCUGUAACAAUUGUGUCAACCAGGGCAAAUCGUGCACGCACCCUCUUCUUCCUUUGACUCAUGAAGCUUCGCUAGGUACUGGCCGCCCUGUUAGCCCUAGCUCACCUGGCCGACCUCCUACUGCGACUGUCUACACUGGACCUCAAGCAACGAGCAUUGGGCCUUUCAAGCCUUUGACAUUCCGGACCAGAUGCGACGUAUGCCAGGAUUCGAUAUUACCCUCCCGCGUGCGAUAUCAUUGCUUCAACUGUACAAGUGCGUUGGUAACUGAUGCACCACCAGGCGACUACGACAUUUGCACGUCGUGCUAUAACAACUUGGUUUCAGGGGGCCAAAUUAGUAUGGAAAACGGCCAUUCUGGUUGGAGACGGUGUUUGAAUGGUCAUAGAAUGUCUGUCAUUGGAUUCACAGAAGGCAAAAUUGGACAAUGGAGAUUUGUCGAACGUGAUAUUGUCGGUGGUCGAGUCCUUCGUUCGGAGCCUUUCGAGAGUCCUGAAUAUCCUGGGCAAGGACUCCAAAAAUGGUCUUGGAGGAAGGGGGAGGAAAAGUGGGAGCGACUAGCUACGAGGGAUGUGUCUGCAACUGCUCCAGCAAAAGCUGGCUCGACAUCGUUUACACUCUCUUUCCCCCCUGAUGGCGGAACGGGCAUGAGAGGAAAUUCCCGCUGGGCCUGGUAUCCGACGGCCGGAUCAGAAGAUGAGCUGCUGUUUCCAAAAGGUGCCGAAAUUCGAGAGAUUGAAGAUGUGAAUGGGGAUUGGUUCUUCGGUACGUAUAUGGGCGCCAAGGGGCUUUUCCCAGCGCCAUAUGUACGGCUUGGGCAGACGAAGUGA